UUGAAAAGCUGGACUUGCAUUCCUUUCGUUUUUAUUUAGCGCGCUUUCUACACCUACCUAAGCCAUCUCGCCGCCGGCGGAAUCGAGGUGUUUAUAUUAACUCCAGAAUGCAAGAGAGACUUGCUGCAUUAUUAGCUGUUCCAAAUUGUGUUUAAAUUGCUAAAGUCCAACGUUAAUCUGACUUGGUGCUUAAAGAUGAAUUGCGGUGAGAAUAAGGAGUCCAAUGUUGAUUUUCACAUACAAGAUGAGGCAGAAAGGCUGCUUAAUGAGAUUGAACUGAUGAUAAAGAGUGUUGAGGACUCUGAAUUGUAUGCUGGAAUGCGUUUCGAGCUCGAACGGAAUGAAACAAUUCAAAAUCAUUUGUUUCGCCUUUUAGGCUCCCAUUCACAUGUGCAGGUGGUAAUCUAUGCUUUGGGAAGCAUGGAAUACAGUUUUCAUUCACAGUUUCAGCUUGCCGUAGUUCUCCUACUAAAACGAGAUUUUUCCAAUUGGAUUGGCAAUAUAGAAGUGUACGAUCCUGGCUUUUCUUCAGCUGAUAUCAUAGUUUUGAAGGAACUGGGUUUUGAGAUUUUGAACAUUGAUGAAAAUUGUAAGAGGCAAGUUCAGAGACCAACAAUGUUCUACAUGCCUGUUCCUAGUUAUUGUCUUAUAGGCAACCUGCUGGGAGCGAACUGGUCUUCGUCUUGUAUUAACCAGAUUUUUCUGCUGACAAACUCAUUUCGUGAUGCGUUGACCACUAUUUCACCAUGUAGUUUGAAUAGAGAAACAGUGCAACGCCUGGAGAGAAUUAUCCCCUUCACAACAGAGGUUGACAUAAAAACUAGCUAUGCAGAGAUCUAUACUAACGUGUUCUCAAAAUUUGCCUGGCAUUUCUUUGAUGUGAAUCCCAUCAUUGACAUGGAAACUUCACUGCCUGUGGCUGAAAUUAUAGUAUAUAAAAGAAAUGACAAAGAAGAUUGUUCUUGGUUGGAUAUGCAAAGGUCUCUUGAAGAAAAUAUUUUGGAAGAUAUGCAAAUCGAUAUAAGCAGAGAGGGAUGAGCGCAAUUUUUUGGUGAAUAUCGCGGGCCUCGUCGUUUAAGAUGCAACUCCGUUCCUCCCCCUCCAGGUUGGAUUAAGCUAAACAUCUAUGGGAUUGGUAAAGCUGGUGAUCAGCAAGGACGAUAUAGUGGCGUCUUCCAAGAUGAAACUGGAAUGCUUUUAGGCAGCUACAGUGGUACCAUUCAUGUUGAAGACAAUGCGAUUGCUGGACUGGAGGCCUUGAGGGAGGGGUUAGUCAAAUGCGUGGAAGGAAAUCCGAAUGAACAGAAGUUGAUUGUGGAGUCGGUUAAUGUUAUACUUGUCCAAUAUGUUAAUGGUCACCCUGAGCCAAAUGAAAUGACCAUGUGCAGGUUGAAAGAAAUUUUUGACUUGCUGGAGCGUAUAACUUGUGCAGUUUACCAUGUCUAUGAAGAAGCCAAUGAAGCUGCUAGAGACUUGGCUCUGAGAGAUGAACGUCACAAUUGUGCAUAGAUAGCUUUGUUUUUGGCUCAAGGAUAGGGUGAGGCUUUCUAGGUUCAACUAUCCAGGUUUCAAAUGCAAUUUGCAUACUAUGGAAAGUGAUGUUGCAGCAGACAUGGAUCCUGACAGUACGCAGUACACAUCAAACUGACUUCUCAUUACUAUUUUUUUUUGUCAAAUGAUGAUGAAUGCAACAUUUGAAAAGCAAAAAAGAAAAAAGAGACAAACAAAUGCAUUCCCGAGGACUAUAUGUUAACUAAUUUGUGCAAACUGAAGCAAUUUUUGUGAUCUAUGUUAAUGUUCAUUGAAUGUAUUUAGUCAUCCCUGUCUAUUUAAUUUGAUAAUAUUUACUAUUUGGACUAAAGUUUUCAGCCCAAGAAUGAAAAAUAUGUACCUUGUUUUAAUGAGGCAAGAGCAAGAUAUGUGAUAUUGUUAAAAUAUCAAAUAAUCUAUAGGAGCUAAUUAAGGCCAAUACUGUUCCUGCAACACCAUGGGGAACAUGCAGAUGCUGUAAAUAAAGUUGGGAGAUUAAGGAUAGAAACCAAACUUUUCAAAAGUUGAUGAUCAGUCAAUUGCUCUUCCACUGUUAUCAAAGAAGCUGUUGAUCUGGUACACACCUGUAGUUAGUUCUACGUUCUUCUUGUUCGUAGUUGUCUUUCAAUGUACAAACUCUUACAGUAAGUCAGGAAUUAAGAUAUAAGAAGUGAUAUGCUUCCCUCAGGUUCCUAAAAGCAGUGCACUCCAGGCCUUUUACUUAUGAAAUAUAUCCACACUGCCCAAGUAUUAGCUCUGUAUAAAGGGUUGUGCUUCUAGACUGUGGAUAAAGCUUACCGAAUCAGAGAACGUGCACGUUCAAUCUGUUGUUAGUAGAUUUCCUUUGGAUCAUGCAUGCUCGAACUAGCACUUAUUUUAUAUGAAUUUGUGGGUGUUCAUACCAUGCAUUUUGUCCGAGUAUGUGGCUUUUAGUGAUUAGACAAAUAUACAUGGUGGCGAUAUGUGAAAUUCUGCCAGAGGCAUCAAAGUCUUUUACAAUGAAGCAGCUGAUGAUGAAUGUAAGAUAUUCAAGCGAACUGUGUGACAAUGGCAGGUACUCAUUCAAGGAAUUUGUUAAGAGUAAAAUGUGGACUAGACACAUUUAAGGUUUUACUCAAGCAGAUUAUUGCGUCAGAUUAUGCUUGUUAUCUUUUACCUUUUUAUCAACAUUUUAUGUCAUGUAUCUAAUCAUCUUGGAUAAGGACUAUUGUAAUCAGCUGUUAUGCAUGAAAUGAAUUUGCUUAUUAGCUGCACAGUUGCUGGAACUUGCAAUAUUUCUAGCUAUCUUACAGUUGAUUUUGCUGCCUGACAAUAGUAAAGUUUACUGAGAUUUGCUACCUGUGACCAUAAUCUAACACUGAGAUUAAACUUCUUGAUCAUACUUAAACUUGCUGAAAAUAAAGUUGAAUCAUUAAUUCAGUUGAUUCAUUCUAAUUUCUUCAAUCUGGGGAAGCAUGUGCUAAAAGUAACGAGUUGUGUAUAGAAUAGUGAUUACAUUGAAGCGUAUGCAUUUUUCAUUGUACUCACAAACGAAUUAAUUUCUUACAAAAAUACAUAGGAAUCUUAACAUUAUUGUUGAGAGAGAAUCAGAUAUAAUGAGUCAAUCAUCAUUUUUACAUCCAAAAUGAAUUAAUUUACUGAAUUUAUAGUGCAAAUUAUUUAUUGUGAUUAUAGUUUGACUCCAACAGAGAUUGAACAAGAGCUUGCUGAAUAACUCUAUAUAUUAUGUGAAUGUAACAAUUGUCGAUUUCAUUGCAUGGUACUUUGGUACUAUUUACUUUGAAAGUGAUUCUAAUAAUAUCAGGAUUAUGAACGCCAUUUAGCACUAAGAUGCCAUAGAGUAUAAUACCAUUUUCCUUGCACUUACUGUGACAAGGGCAUGCAACCAAGUGGAGGAAUUGAUAGACUCAUACUGCUUGUUCUAGUCCUGUCUUCAAUUAAUCAGUGGCAUUUUUAUCAGCCAAAUGUGGUAAACAUGGGAUCGAAUAGGAAAAGAGACAGUGGUCUGCUUAGUUUAUCAAGAAGGAAGCGGUGCCCGCAAGAAAUAGGUUAACUUAGCAGCUUUUCAUCCAAAAGGCUAGGAAAAAAUUGUACUCAAUAGGAAAGUUAUCUGACUAUUUUCUUAUUUGGUUUGACCAUCAAAAACUAAAGGAAAAUCAAAGAGACAGUUAUUGCUUAAGUGGUCCGUUACCGACUUCGUAGUUCAAGAACCGUCUUACUAAGAAUAGUAGAUUUGCUUCGCCUGGGAAAAUCCUGCUUUACUAAAUAUUAGAGAUGUCACUGGUGGUAUCUUCUCCUUUUUAUCUUAUUUGAUUCAAUAGGGAUGGUGGUAGUAUUUUGACUUCGGUGCUUCUCCUAGUUAGCCUCGAGUCUUACCAUGCCAAUGAUGAAAUUAGUCGGCUUCAUAUUACUAGUUUCUUAGGGAUAGAGGAGCUUCAGAAUGUUGUUGUGACCAUCCUGUGGGAUAUUCAUAGAGGAUACAAGGAUGGUUGUUUUUAGUUGAUUGGAUGUCCUACUCAUCCAUACAGUUGGACAUUAUUAGUAUAAGAUCUUGCUCCCUGUGACAAAAUCUAUGUACUGUUUCUGUCUAAACACUUUAGGCAAUUUUAGCAGGACAUCAUCCAAAACUUUCAAUUGACGUCUUGUUGGUUGCUAUUUUUGGUUCAACUGUGAAUUCCAGCUGCUUGGGUGUUGGUUCUUACAACCAGUUUAUUCAGUUGAACAUGUAGAAUUUUUGUUAUUUGCUGAAAACUUUUUUCUGGAAUUUAAUUUUGAAUGUAUGAUCUCAUACAUUAAUGUCUAAAUUGUUAUAUCAGAGAAGCUCAAUGUGAUCCUUGUUUUCAUCAAGUUAUUGAGCUGUGCGUUAAAGAUGAAAGAAUCUGAGAAUCGGUUUAAAUGAGAAAACUGUUAACAUUUUGGAAGCCUGAUAUAUAUUUCCUUAGAUCAUGUAUGGCAUCAAUUUCUCCUUGAAAUUUUCUUUUCACUUUUUUGUUUCUGCAGCAUCCUUUUACCUAUUGCCUUUUCCUGAACUUGUUUGAAAAUGCUUCUAAAGAAAAUAUUCAAUUGAAAAUUGUGACUGCUAUUGCAGUGUUCUAGAAUUCUAUAUGAAGGAAACAAUGCUAUCGUAUUGUCACGCUAACUUGCGUCCUUCAGUACUUCUCUUGGAAUUUAUCAAAGAAGAGUGACUUGCAGUAUAUUUGAUUGACAGAUAGUGGACAGAUAUGAAAGCCAAAGAAGUGAAAUUGUUUCUGGUUGUCAUGUAUAGAUAAUCAAGCUUAGGAAAUUAUUCAUGUCUGGAUAAGCGAGAAACAAGAGAGGAAGUAUAGAUUACUUAUUAAGAAAAAAAUAAAGGAAGAAGAUGAUGUAUUAGUCAAUAUUAAAAAGAACAAGUUCGUUAUUAGUUUACUUAUGGUUCCUUUUGGAUUUUGACAAGAAAAUACACACAAUGUAAGAGCUGUCAAGCCUUUCAUUUAUGUAUGUCCAAUUAUAGGAGAAAAGAUAUAUUUACACAAGUACUUGAUUCCCCUAUAUCCAAAUCCUUUUGCUGCAUUUAAUGUAUCGAUAUAUGACACCAAAAACUAGUUCACAUUUAAUUUCUUUCAUUCUAUUUGGAUGCAAAAAUUAAUUCUUUGUAGAUUACAAUCUGGAGUGCAUAAGAUAUUCAUGGGGAUGUGUUCAGGAAUGGUUGAAAAGACAAUGCAGCCCUGGCAUUGUGUGUUAAAGCGUCAUUCUCUAUGCUGAAGUACCCAAUCUUUUUCUCUGCAUUCCUUGUUUAUCAGGGUGAAGCAAAGCUUAUUUGGUUGAAAGACCAAAAUACCCCUAACGAUGUGUGUGAAGGCGGAGAGGCCUAUGAUGUGCUCAGUUUUCCUUCCUUUCCAAUUAAUUUAUUGAAUAGCUGCGCGAGACAUACCCUAUUUGCCUUCGUCCUUCCUCUGGCGGUAGAUCAGCACAUUACUGGUGGUACUUCAUGUCAGGGUACGCAAAAUCUUAUUUGAUUGGUUAUGUCAACUCAUUUACCUCUACAUCCUUCCAUAAGUGACUGAUAAUCUUUUGCUUUUGUGAGGGCUUUUCACUUAUGCCUUCCUAUUCUGCAGGCCCAUAUGAAUUUUGUCGAAUAACUUUGAGUUGUUAAGUGUUUCCAUGAGUUUUCAAUUAUCGUUGGCCUUCUUCCCGGCGUAUCUAGAAAAUGAUUCAUUGCUAUAAUUAACUCGGUUAGGUACAUUUUCCCUUUCGAAAUUUUUCUAAAUGUAUCUGUUGAUUUACUUCCAAUGCUAGUUGCGGAAAUUUGUGGAAAAUUAGCAGUUAAUUCACAUGUUAUGGGUGGGGCUCUGGUAAUGACAUUUGAGUCAAAUGGCGUAUAUUUGCUGACUAUUUUUGCUUAUUUGAAGUAUUAGUUGUGUGCAUGUAUGGAAAUGAAGUAUGUUCUCAAUUAUUGUGAUCUUGUUGAGGGAUAUUUUGUUAUGGAAACUUUCAUCGUGGAGAUUGUCAUUAAAUUGCUCUUUGAACACCCUUCAUGCUGCUAGUCCACACUCUUUGCAGGUUUAUAUUAAGUCCAGGACACACAAGGUAGUUGCUGCAACAUUAGCUGUUUCAGAUUAGUGUGUAACUGCUAAAGCUGACCCACAGGUGAAAAGAUGAAUCACGGUGAGAAUAUGGAGUCCAAUAUUGAUUAUCACAUACAAGAUGAGGCGGAAAGGCUGCUUAAAGAGAUUGAACUGAUGACGAAGAAUGUUGAGAACUCUAAAUUAUAUGCUGAAUUGUGCUUCGAUCUCGAACAGAAUGAAACAAUUCAACAACAUCUGUUUCGCCAUUUAGGCUCCCAUUCAUGCAUUCAGCUGGUAAUCUAUUCUUUGGGAAGCAUGGAAUACAGUUUUCAUUCACAGUUUCAGCUUGCCAUAGUUCUCCUACUAAAACGAGAUUUUUCCAAUCUGAUUGGCAAUAUAGAAGUAUAUGAUCCUGCAAUGUCUCCCGCUGAUAUCAUAGUUUUCAAGGAACUCGGUUUUGAGGUUCUAACCAUUGAUGAAAACUGUAAGAGGCAAGUCCAGAAACCAACAAUGUUCUACAUGCCUUAUCCUAAUUAUAAUCUUAUCGGCAACCUGCUAGGAGCAAACUGGUCUUCGUCUUGUAUCAACCAGAUUUUUCUACUGACAAACUCAUUUCGCAGUACAUUGAACGUUAUUCGACAGUGUGAUUUUAGUGGAGAAACUGUGCAACGUCUAGAGAGAAUUCUCGGGUUCACAACAGAAAUUGACAUACAAACUAGCUAUGACAUGAUGUAUAUUAGUUUGUUCUCAGUAUUUGCUUGGCAUUUCUUUGAUGUGGAUCCCAACGUUGACAUGGAAACUUCACUGCCUGUGACUGAAAUUACAGAAUAUAAAAGAGACGUCAAACUGGGACGUUCUUGGUUGGAUAUGCAAAGGUGUCUUGAAGAAAAUCUUUUGGAAUAUAUGCAAAGUGAUAUGACUAGUGAGGAAUUUGCGCAAAUUCUUGGUGAACAUCGUGGGCCUCGUCAUUUAAGAUGCAACUCAGUUCCUCCUCCUCCAGGUUGGAUUAAGCUAAACAUCUAUGGAAUUGGUACAAAGGGUGAUCAGCCAGGACGAUAUAGUGGCGCCUUUCAAGAUGAAACUGGAAUGUGUUUAGGUAGGUAUAGUGGUACCAUUCAUGUUGACGACAAUGUGAUUGCUGGACUGGAGGCCUUGAGGCAGGGAUUGAUCAGAUGCACGGAAGGAAAGCCGAAUGCAAAAAAGUUGAUUGUGGAGUCCGAUAAUUUUAUACUUGUCCAAUUUGUUAAUCGUCGCCCUGAGCCAAAAGAAAUAACCAUGUGCAGGUUGAAAGAAAUUUUUGGUUUGAUGAAGCGUAUAACUUGUGCAAUUUACCAUGUGUAUGAAGAAGCCAAUGAAGCUGCUAGACUUGGCUCUGAUGAGAGAUGAACGUGAUAAUCGUGCAUAGAUAGCUUUGUUCAAACAGGUUUCAAAUUCAAUUCGCAUUUUAUGGAAAAGUGAUGUUUUUUGUUUGUCAAAGUCUGGAGAGACUUGAAGAAUGGAUGUUUAAGUUGUCAGGCUAAUCUACAUUUUAACUUUUGUUUAAUUUUGCUUUGGAUGUUUAGGAUGAUAUACCCUGCCUGUUCUAACUUUAUUUUUAACAUAAUGGUUUCUGUGU